ACGGCUUUGGGAUUUGUGUUGUUGCUCUGUGGAAACAAGAAGGCAUAACGAAAAUUGUCACUAGACAUUUGUUUUUUUAAUCAAACGAAAAGAAAUAUUAAAUUAUAAUUAUUUGAAUCCAACGCAAGCUUUUAUUCGAACGGAAAAUUUUCAAUUUGAAUUUUAUUAAUUUUUAUACUGUUGUCUACAAAGGAAAUCGAUAACAAAUUUUAGCUUUGACAAAAGUGUGUGUGUCAUAAUCGUGAGAUCUGUAGAGAUAAAAAUAUAUCUCUUACAAAAGCAACAAAGAGUGCAAAGGAGCAGGACAAAUUUACCAAGCAACAUCAAAAGAGACUAAUAAGGUCUUUAUCAUCCUAGAUUUGAGAUAAGAGAGAAAGCAACAAAAAAAAGCUAUCAUGUCUGAAUCAGUGUGUCACAGAUGCAAUGAAGUUAUUACCCAGCGUAUCAUUACUGCCCUAGGCAAGACCUGGCAUCCCGAGCACUUUGCUUGCAAAGACUGUCAAAAACCCAUCGAAGAGGCCACAUUCAAUAUACAAGAGGGUGAACCUGUCUGCUCGAAAUGUUUUGUUACAAAUUAUUCUGGCACAUGUCAAGGUUGUCAUAAGCCAAUUUUGGAGCGCACCAUCAAGGCUUUGGGUAAGACCUGGCAUGAGGAGUGUUUCUGUUGCGGCGGACCCUGUCAUAAACCCCUGGUUGGCACCUCUUUCUAUGAACGCGAUGGCAAGGCCUUCUGCAAGGCGGAUUUCGAGGAACUUUUUGCUGCCCGUUGCGCCGGUUGUUCCAAACCCAUAACGGAAAAUGCCAUUGUGGCCUUGGAUGCCAAAUGGCAUCGGGAUUGUUUCAAAUGCAAGAAAUGUUCCAAUCCCAUAACCGCUUCGACCUUUGCCGUUGAAGAGAAUAGGCCAGUUUGUACAGAUUGCUCGGCCUAAAGAAGUUUGAAGGAGGAGUGACUAAUUAUCCAGUGACAUGAACUAAAGCGAAAGCAGCAACUAAAUUGUGAAUACUAUUAGAAAAUAACAACGAACCUCUAUAUAGCUAUCUCUCUCUCUCUCUCUUACACUCAAUUCCACUAUCACGCUAUCUCUCUCUAUUGGAUAAGAAUAUAUUAACAAGGAAACAAAAGCUAUGCUAUAUACAUAUGAUGUUAACACACACUGGUCUAGGGAAUAUCCUUUGGCAGAUCAAAAAUGCCUUUGUUUGUUGGUAGUUGUAGAAAUGUAGAUAGUCAAAUGGUUAAAAAACUGCCAUUUUAUGCUCUAUAUUCCCAGCAAAGAAAAACAAUCUCUUGAGCAACUUAGUGUUAGAAGUUAAAAAAGGAACUUCAUUCCAAUUGUUUUGUUAAUGUUUAUUAAAAAAUAAAAUGAGAAAGAAAAGAAGGAGGUUCUUGAAGGGAAAUACAAGGAUUACACUUAUUACAUAUACCGGAACUAUCUACGAAUUGUUUGCACCCUAUAAAUGAUACACCCUACCACUUUGUAAUGCAACAACGUAUACCACAGAAUUUGACACCACACCUACUCUCAUAAACCGUUUUUUACAAUUUGUUACACAUUUGUAUUACAAAUUGUUAUUGUUAUCUUUGUUUUGCUUGACUCUUGGUUUUAGUAAUAUUUUGAGUUUUUUUCUUCUGUAAUAUAAAAAUAAUUUUGAAAUAAAAUUUCAAAAUUUUA